AUGGCCUCGACGAAACAAUGCAUUGCUUCCAUGGCAAGGAUGAGUCUGACAUCCGCCGCCAGGCCGACGACUUCGCAAAUACCGAAAUUCCUAGCUCCCUCCAUAAUCCAGGGACAGACACAGACGCGAUGGAAGAGCGCCGGGACGAGCGCCAUGCAAUCGCGUGAGCGAGAGAAGGAAAAACUGAAGAGGAAGCGGAGGCAACAGCGGUUCAAGGAGUACAAAUAUGCGACACCGAGCAAGGAAGAGCAAUUCUCGCUGUGCGAUGCGAUGCGAUACCUACGAGCUGCAGAAGUCGGCCGUCCUCCAGGAUCCGUCACCUACGAACUCGCCCUGAAGAUUCGCACCAUCAAAAACGGCCCCGUACUCCGCGACAGGAUACGACUCCCCUAUCCAGUCAAAAACGACACGCGUAUCGCGGUCAUCUGCAAGGAAGGCAGUGGUGCCAUGCAUGACGCCCGCACAGGAGGUGCCGUGGCCUUUGGAGAGGAGUCCCUGUUCGAGAUGAUCAAGAAGAAUCCGAACAAGCUGCCUUUCAACCGUCUGAUCUGCCACGUCGACUCGGAACCCGCCCUGAAGAAAGCUGCCCUGGGUCGGAUACUGGGGCCGAAGGGUCUGAUGCCCAGUCUCAAGACGAACUCCAUCACCAAGAGCGUCAAGUCCUUGAUGCACGAGAUGGUCGGUGCCGAGAACUACAGAGAGAAGAUUGGCGCCAUCCGCAUGCCCAUCGGCAACAUUCAGUUCUCUCCCAAAAUGUUGACCGAGAAUGUCAAGGCCAUGGUCGGCUCAGUGAAGGAUAACAUCGUGGUGAUGGAGGACAGGGUCAAGAAGGAUCUGAUCGAGGUUGUCCUCACGUCGUCAAACGGGCCCGGUUUCCCCCUGAGUGGAGGCUUCAGCCCUACCGACGACAAGGUCCUGCCGGCUCACCUCAGCACGGCCAUGUAA